AUGCAAAAAAAAAAAGGAUACAAGAAGAUGGAGGAGAGAAGGAGAAAGAAAGAAGGAAAUAUUUUUCUUCUAGUCUUUUCUAAAUAUUUUAAUGCAAGAGAAAAAGAAUCUGUCGCUUCGUCAGCGAGCAGAAGCAGCCAUGCGGCACUCAGUCAAUUUUGGCUAUAUAUUUUUAUUGCUGCUGCUGCUGCUGCUGCUGCUUCUACUGCUGCUGCUGGCUCUUCUGCAUGUCCUGUAAGUAUCCUCCAGCAGGCUAGUCACUAG